AGGACAGCAGCUUUGUUUUAGUCGCGGAUGCUGAUGCUGCUGCAAUGGAAGUAAACAAGGACGAAGCGGAGCGCUGCAUUGACAUCGCGGCCGCGGCUUUAAACAGCCACCAGCUGGAAAAGGCGUUAAAGUUCCUAGAAAAAGCGCAGAGACUCUUCCCGACAGAGAAAGCCAAAGAACUCCUAGAUUUAAUAGCCAGGAAUGGGUUCAGUCCAGGACGAGGCGGUCACUCAGACUUCGGUGACGCCUCAGGUCCUCGACAGCGACCGAACAGGGAAGAUCACAAACCUGAAGAAAAGCUUCCAGACAACUCCAAACCGUUCACGGCAGAUCAGCUGGAUGCAGUCAGAAGGAUAAAACAAUGUAAAGACUUCUAUGAGAUUCUCGGGGUCCAGAAAGACUCCUCAGAGGACGAGCUCAAGAGGUCGUACAGAAAACUGGCUCUGAAAUUCCAUCCCGACAAGAAUCGCGCUCCAGGUGCAACAGAAGCAUUUAAAGCUAUCGGUAAUGCCUACGCUGUUCUGAGCAAUGCUAAGAAGAGACGUCAGUAUGAUCAGUGUGGAGAAGAGGGACGAUGUCCAUCGAACAGGAGCUCCGACAGUGGAAGCUUUGAGCCAGACAUUUCACCUGAGGACCUCUUCAACAUGUUCUUUGGAGGAGGUUAUCCAUCCAGUAACACUCCGAUGUACACUAAUGGACGGAUGCGCAACCAGAGGGCGAGAAGAGAGAGACCAAGAGAUGGGGGUCUGGCUCUCUUCGUACAGGUCAUGCCCAUCCUCAUCCUGGUUAUAGUGUCAGCUCUCAGUCAGAUUAUGGUCAGCAGCCCCUCGUAUAGUCUCAGCUUCAGGCCGUCAGCGGGUUACUCACAGAAGAGGCUGACUGAGAAUCUGAAGGUGCCAUAUUACGUUGGGGAGCAUUUCUCCAAAGAGUUCACCGGAGUGAACCUGAAAAAUCUGGAGCGAUCAGUGGAGGAUGACUACAUUUCAAACCUUCGCAAUAAUUGCUGGAAGGAGAAACAGCAAAAGGAAGGUAUGCUAUAUAGAGCUCGCUAUUUCGGAGACACUGAGCUGUACCAAAGAGCGCAGAGGGCUCGAACUCCAAGCUGCGGCAAGCUGUCCGAGAUCAUGGCCUUGUUACAUUAAAAAAUGAUCACAAGACACAACUGGCUGUAAAUACCUAAAGCUUCAAGAGUCUGGAAGCUAAAGAUGGCUGAAUCAACACAAGCUGAACAUAUUAACCCUCACCUCAGGCUGAAACCAGAUCUGUGGAGUUUUAGUUCAUGAAAUUAACACAAAAGUUUAUAUGUAUUGUGAUUAACCUUUUAAAAAAA